AUGAAAUUAUCAUCUACAUUAAAGAUGGUUUCUAGAACAUACGAUGAUGCCAUAAAUGCGUUAAAUUCUUUGCAAUCGAAUUAUGCCAAUAUUAUGGCAAUUCGUGAAGCUGGAAUUAGAAAAAAUGAAAUGAGUAUAUUAGAAAUGAAGGAAUGGGUUAGGAGAAUUGGAUAUACCCCUACUGAUUUCAAUAAAUUAAACGUGGUGCAUAUUACAGGUACCAAGGGGAAAGGGUCUACGGCUGCAUUUACAUCAUCUAUCCUUCAAAAGUAUCAUGAAAAACUUCCAAAAGUUGGUCUAUAUACAUCACCACAUUUAAGAACAGUUAGAGAAAGAAUUAGAAUAAACGGUGAGCCAAUAUCUGAGGACAAAUUUACAAAGUAUUUUUUCGAUAUUUGGAAUCGACUUGAUUCAACUAGUUCAUCCUUAGAAAAAUUUCCACAUAUGGUACUAGGCAGUAAACCAGGAUAUUUUAAGUACCUUACCUUAUUGUCAUUUCAUACUUUUAUGCAAGAGGGCUGUGAUAGCUGUGUAUAUGAGGUGGGUAUUGGGGGUGAAUAUGAUAGCACUAACAUUAUUGAAAAACCAAUAUCUUGUGGUGUAUCUUUGUUGGGUAUUGACCAUACAUACUUGUUAGGAGAUACUAUUAAUGAAAUAGCGUGGAAUAAGGGUGGUAUUUUUAAAAAUGGAAUACCAGCUUUUACAGUAUGUGAUCAACCACCAAAGGGUUUAGAAAUUUUAAAGCAAAGGGCAUCAGAAAGAAAUACAGACUUGAAGGAAGUGCCAGUUUUUGAAGAGUUGAACCAUAUCCCAUUGGGUAUUGCUGGUGAAUUUCAAAAGUCUAAUGCAUCUCUUGCUGUCUGUUUAGCUGUACAAACUCUGAAGUCUUUAAACAUUAUAAAUGAUAAAGUUCCACUUCAUAAAGAAUCAAGAUUACCGGCUAAAAUAAUUGAGGGAUUGAAAGAUACAAAUUGGGAAGGCCGUUGCCAAACUAUUAAAAAAGGUCGUAAUACAUGGUAUAUUGAUGGUGCACAUACAAUAGAUAGUAUCUCAGCAGCAUCUAGAUGGUAUAGAAGUAUUGCUCUGAAAUCAAAAAACAAACAAAUAUUAUUAUUUAAUCAGCAGACUCGUGAUGCAUCAAAAUUAUUAGAGAAUCUUCGUUAUACUCUUGGAGAAGAUAUAGAUUUUGACCUUGCAAUAUUUUCUACAAAUGUGACAUGGGAAAGUGGAAGUUAUAGUGCAGACUUGGUAUCAAUGAACACCUCAAAAGAAGAAGUUGAAAAUUUGUCAGUGCAACAAGCUUUAGUAAAUGAAUGGAAAAAACUUACAGGCAGUAACAGGGCAAUCGUAACAUCUAGUAUCGAAACUGCUGUAAAAAAAAUUGAGACAUUUUCUGAAGAGCCAUUGGAUAUUUAUGUAACGGGUUCUCUACAUUUAGUUGGAGGUCUUUUAGUUGUUUUUGAUAAGACUGCUUCUGUGUAA